AUGGCAGCGUCUAGCGGCUCUAACAUGGGGUUUAUGUUAUUGCCUGUUCUUGUUUUCACUUUCCUUAUUGUCUACUUAUCUCCCUCUAACCAGAAUAUCAAUAUUGUUGGAUUUUUUUCUUCUUUUUCUAAACCAAAUAAUAUCUAUGCUAAAACCAACCUCGUUUCUGAAAGCUCGCAACCCUCUCCAUCGCCAAUUCUAUUGCCAUCGCAGAAAAAAAGAGGUAUACAGAAAAUUGAAGAUGGUUUAGCUAGGGCAAGAGCAGCAAUUCGUGAAGCGUAUGAAUCAUAUCCUACCUUGGAUGGUAAGUUUUGUGGGACUAGGAGUCAUACAGAGAUGGAGAAAAGAUUCAAGAUAUGGGUUUACAGGGAAGGAGAGCUACCUCUGGUCCAUGGUGGACCCGUAAACAACAUCUACGGCAUUGAAGGUCAGUUUCUUGAUGAGAUGGAGGGUGGGAAGAGCCACUUUGCUGCUAGUCACCCAGAUGAGGCACACACAUUCCUACUCCCCAUCAGUGUCGCCUAUAUUAUCCAUUAUAUCUACAGGCCCCUUGUCACAUACUCUCGUGAUGAACUGCAACGUUUGGUCCAAGAUUAUGUUGGUAUUGUAGCCCAUAAGUACCCUUACUGGAAUAGAAGCAAAGGAGCUGAUCAUUUCUUGGUUUCUUGCCAUGACUGGGCCCCAGACAUUUCAGGAGCAAAUCCUGAUCUAUACAAGAACUUUAUCAGAGUCCUUUGCAAUGCCAAUACAUCAGAAAGAUUCGAGCCUCGAAGAGAUGUUUCAAUACCUGAAAUCAACAUCCCUGUUGGCAAGCUUGGACCGCCCGACAAAGGUCUACCCCCAAGUAAGCGUUCGAUUUUCGCUUUCUUCGCUGGAGGAGCUCAUGGUUACAUCAGGAAGGUCUUAUUGGAACAUUGGAAAGAUAAAGAUGAUGAGAUUCAAGUCCACGAGUAUCUUGAUAAAAAGAAAAAUUACUUCAAAUUAAUGGGCCAGAGCAAGUUUUGCCUGUGCCCUAGUGGGUAUGAAGUAGCAAGUCCUAGAGUGGUGACAGCAAUUCAAUUAGGGUGUGUACCUGUGACUAUUUCUGAUAACUAUACAUUGCCAUUUAGUGAUGUUCUUGAUUGGAGCAAGUUUUCAGUACACGUUUCGUCCCAGAAGAUACCUGAUAUUAAAACAAUUUUGAAAAAGAUAACGUUCAAAAGGUAUCUCUUAUUGCAAAGGAGAGUGAUCCAAGUCCAAAGACAUUUCGAGUUGAACAGACCGGCUCAGCCAUAUGAUAUGCUUCAUAUGCUACUUCAUUCUGUGUGGUUAAGGAGGCUUAAUAUCAGGGUUCCAUAUCAAUCAUAA